UCCUUGUGUGUUGGAGCUUUCUGACCCCUCUUUGCCCUCCGCCACCUGGUGCACAGGGCUCCCAUCAACCCAGGGUUCAUCGCAAUGCAUCGCCCCAUUGGGCACCAGGGUGACAGCCAACAUGCAUACAUAUGUAGAUCUACCACGACCAGCCCCAGUCUUUGCUUCCCCAAUGUCUCCUAUCAAUCGUUGAUGUCGUCGUUGACUGUCGUCGCCAUCUCUGGUCCCUUAACAACCUAUUCAGAAGUUUGACGUGACGGCGCAGUCCGCAAGAAUAUAGCGCGACGCAGCGCAGUCGCCAUCAUGUAUCAGGCUUCUAAUGUCUACGCCAUUUGCGGUUUCGCUGCCAUCGGCGGGGGGCUGUUUGGUUUCGAUAUCUCCUCCAUGUCUGGUGUCAUUGGGACAGAGGCCUAUAAGCGCUAUUUUAACAAUCCUAUCUCGUCAGUUCAGGGAGCCAUCACAGCCUCUAUGCCAUUCGGCUCCUUCUUUGGUGCUGUCAUAUCGUCCUUCAUAGCGGAUCGCUACUCCCGCCGGACCGCCAUCCAGUUCUCCUGCACACUCUGGAUCGUCGGUUCCACUGUCCAAUGCGCUUCCAACGGAAUCCCCAUGCUCGUGGUCGGCCGUGUCAUCUCCGGUAUCUGCAUCGGAAUCGCCUCCACCAUCGUACCCGUCUACCAAUCCGAAAUCGCACCGAAGGAGAUUCGUGGCCGCAUUAUCACCCUCCAGCAGUGGGCUGUCACAUGGGGUAUACUGAUUCAGUAUUUUAUCCAAUACGGCGCGUCCUUUGUCGGCGGUGGCCCCACCGAUCCCAACCAACCUGAGACGGCAUUUCGCAUCCCCUGGGGUCUCCAGAUGAUCCCAGCCGUCAUCCUCUUCUUUGGCCUGUUCUUUCUUCCGCGUAGCCCUCGCUGGCUGGCCAGCAAGGACCUAUGGGACGAGGCUAUCCAAGUGCUUGCGGAUCUCCACGCAGGAGGUGACAUCGACCACCCGAAAGUGUUGGCCGAGUACCAGGAAAUCGAGGAGGCGUUGCGUUUCGAACGCGAGGAGGCCACAAGCAGCAUGCGCGCACUCGCAGCGCCACGCAUGUUGAAGCGUGUACUCCUUGGCAUGAGCAUCCAGACAUGGUCGCAGCUGGGUGGAGUCAACGUGCUCAUGUACUACAUCAUCUACGUGAUGCAGGCGGCAGACAUUGGAUCGCCUAUGCUUACGGCGUCGAUUCAAUACGUGAUCAACGUGCUUCUUACUCUCCCUGCCAUCAUCUACAUUGACCAAUGGGGGCGCCGACCGUCCCUUCUCCUCGGUUCCCUCUUCAUGAUGAUCUUCUUCUUCAUCACCGGCGCCCUACAGGCCGUCUAUGGCGAAGCCGUCGACGGCAACGGUACGAAUAUCACCUGGGUCGUGCGCGGCAACAAAGCCGCCUCCGGCGCCAUCGUGGCCUGCUCAUAUCUCGUCGUCGCUACUUUCGCCACGACCUGGGGUCCCGCAUCCUGGUGCUACCCAGCAGAGAUCUUCCCGUCCAAAGUCCGAGCCAAGGCCGUCUCCCUCGCUACCGCCUCUAACUGGUUCUGGAACUUCAUCCUCUCCUUCGCCGUUCCCCCUAUGCUGUACCACAUUAACUGGCGCAUGUACAUGCUCUUCGGGACGCUCAACGGCUUGGCGCUUAUACAUAUAUAUAUCGCAGCGCCAGAGACGAAGGGCAAGAUGCUUGAGGAGAUGGAUGGGGUGUUUGAUAGUGGUCGCCGCGCCUGGGAGCGCCAGCCGAAGGGGUCAAGGAUGGAUGAUCGUGCGCGCGGGAUUGCGGAGGGGACCAUGUUGCCGCCCGCGAGAGCAUAUAAGGGGAUUCAUGUUGAGAAAGAGAUUAAGCGCAAUAGUGUGAGAGGAGGGAAGUCGAGCAGCACGGUUAGUCUGCAUCCAUAUCAUGCGCAUUGCGAGGCAGAGCCGUGAGAGUGCUAAGUUUGGUGCGGGGGUGGUGAAGUGUGAGUGGUAGCCGAGGGAGGAGCUUAUAUUCGCGACAAAACCGCGACUACUCGCCCAGCAAGCACUGUGGUACAAUCCCUAUAAUUUGCUGCCGCCUUGACCCAGGUCAAUUAGUCUCGAAUUAUAGACUGCGACACUCGUUGUCCGAGGACAAAAAUGGUCCUAGGUUAAAACGCAGGCCAACGGCUAGAUAAGAAAACAAACAUAUAUUAUGAAGGCGCACUUUUGGCAGUACGGGUCAAAGGGCGGAUUUACGACUUGCAUUCGAAAUAGCAACAAGGUAUACAGGACUUAACAGAUGUCUGGGACGGAAUAUGGGGUGGAUGGAUAUGGCGAGUUGGGCCGGGUGCUGUAUGUAUAAUAUCUUACUUUGCACUGCAUCACGACAUCUGGCGUAUUGCGGCUAGAAGUCUCACGCUUCAGUAGCGUCUGUGUAUCUAAUAGAAAGAGAUUCCACAAUAGCUUUGUGGCUUGCAUGAAUGUGAGACCUACAUGAGCGGUUAUCAGCGGUUACGCUGGAGGUUGGCUGGUUAUAUCACAGUCAUGAAUGAAUGUUCCACCAUCAAAUCGCCAGCCUUCUCGCCGAGACCAAGCAUACAUCAAGUCCUAUCCGU